AAAAAAUAAAAUUGAUUUAUUUUUGCUUUGUGUUUAACCGUAAAUGAAUUGCAGUAUCGUGUAAAAUAAAGUAAAAAGCAGACGACAUAGCUCCUAGUGAACUGCAUAUCGGGGACACACGUAGUCACAGAUAAAAACAGUUUCUUCUACAGCGUCAUGCCCAACCUUUGUAUUUCUAUACAAUUAUUAUUGUUUCUGGCUAGAAAUGCUGCCACGUUACCUUGCCCACAAUCCAGACAAACUAUGUCUCCAGUUCUGUCCUGCCCUACAAAUGAAGAUGAAUGGAAACGAAGAUCAGCUGAAAAGAACUGUUCUCGUUUUCAGCAACAGUGCCCUGAAGGCGGGGAUUCGGUUUACCAUUGCGUCCUUAACAGCUUUAUUAAUGAAACUUUAGAAGUGUGUGCACCGGAAGUAAGAAUAAUAGGAAGCAGAUGUGUUGAAUAUAAUGUGAGGGGAGCAAUUAUUCAGGAAAGUCCAUACCUCAAGUGUAACAGUUCAUGUCCAUUUUCUUACCUAUCCACUGCUGUCUAUAAAUAUCAUGAAUGCUUUGAGAAUGUGGAUAGAAAGACAAAGAAUGCGACAUCACUGUCCAGCGGAUAUACAGAAAAGUAUUCUGAUUACUCUGCAGAGACGACAUGGCAGAUUGUAGCUCUAGUAAUGAUAUGUUUGAAUGUUGCAUUCUUCAUUGUUAUAUUAUGGACUGUCAUGACAAAAAAGAAACUUGAAAGGAAACUUACUCAACAAGAAGUUAUAGAGGGUGAUACAAGUGAAGGAGAAGAAAAACAAGAGAACAGGGAAGUUAUAGAGGGUGAUACAAGUGAAGGAGAAGAAAAACAAGAGAACAGGGAAGUUAUAGAGGGUGAUACAAGUGAAGGAGAAGAAAAACAAGAGAACAGGGAAGAUACCGCCAUUGAUAUUAGAAGUAUAAAACGAGAAGAUGCAGAUGGCAGUCCAGAUGUCGGAAAAGGAAUCUAUGUGGCUGCUUUAGACAUUGGAAAUCAACAUCUGACAAUGGCAUUAGCUUAUCCAGACCCAUAUCAAGGUGUCAAACCUAUAGGUUCCGUGGAAAGGAUUUCCAUAUUUAGAGAGGAAAACGGACAUUUUAAACCUUUUAGCCCUGAAGAUCUACAUGCGUUUGCAAAAAGAGACAGAGAGACAACUUCGUGGAAGUAUCACUAUCAAUUCAAGCUAAGUAAGGAAACUUCAAAUGAGAGGGAGUACGAAGGAAUCUUGAAAUCUAUCCUUGAAAGGUUUAAUUAUACAUUAGAAAAUGGAAAGGAUAACGUGAGGAACGUGGCAAAAGAACGUUUAUUUUAUGCAGUCAUUGUUCCAAAAUAUUGGUCAGAAAAAGCAAAAAAUCGUUUAAGAAAUUGCAUUUUUGAAAUGAAGAUUGUCCAGGAUAUGGAUCCUGAUAACACUAGUAUCAUUACAAGAGAAGACACGUUAUCUCCUUUCAUACAAUACGCUAAUGCCAGGGUUCUCUGUUUGAAUUUUAAAGUCGACAACCUUAUUUUAGACACUUCGAAAAGUUCGUUUUAUGGAAUUCUGCAUAUUGGAUCACAUUAUUGUGAUCUGAACUUCCGCCUGGUAGGAGAGGAUGCAAUUCCAGAUUUACCUAAGCAAAGACUUGAAUGGGAAAUUUUACCGGAUGAAAAAAUUUUUGAUUUAUUGUCUGAAAUAUUUACCGAAAGAGUUUUUAAAGAUUGGAAAAAGCAGUAUGAAAACUGUUCAAUCCAACUAAUAACCGAAUUUGAAAAGAAGAUUAAAAGUUACAGGGGUGGUGCUGAUGGCGUUGCCUUUGAAAUGAAAUUGCCAGAAACGUUAUUGAAGCUUGCCAAAGAAAAAUAUCCUUUAAAAGAAUCGGACAUUAAGAAAAGCAUAGAGAAAAGAAAGAACAUUUGUUUAAAAACCCCAGACGAUUGGAUAAUUCAAUUUCAAACUGGAUUUAUAAGAGAAUGUUUUCAGGAGUUGAGAACAAAAGUUGAAAAAAUGAUAAAUAAUGCUCAAGAAACAUUUAAUGAACAAAAUGUUAAAUGUGUUGUUAUGACCGGUACAUACUCUAACAUGGAAAUGAUUCGCACAGACGCCGAAAAAAGCUGGUUUAAAAAUUUAAAACUAGAAGUUACAAUAGCAAUACCAGAAAAUUAUCAAGUAUUUGCAAUGGGUGGAGCAUAUUGUGUGCAAAAUAAACUUCAACAGCAAAGGCAUGGUGGAAAUGACGUUUUUAAUUAAAUGAAUUAGGUAUUAUAUGUAUAUACGUGUGUGUCAUCAUGUUAAUAAAUUCAAAAAAAAAAAAAAAACGGAGAAAGGGGGAUGGUUUAAUGCACUGUACAUUACCAUUAUAUGAUAUGAAAAUAAAAAGUGCCAUUCAUUUUUAGUGACA